AAAAAAGCACACAUUUCUAGCCGAUAUGCGGGACUGACUCAAACCGACCACGUAUACGUGUAUCCAUUAUUUAGUUAUCAUUCGACCAUAAAGAGUACGUCGUUCCAAAACUGAUUACGCUGCAUCUACAGCAAGAUGCAUUCCUCGCCCCUCAUGGCGCUUCUCGGGGACCUGCUCCACUUGCUGCCCGUCGUCAUUCUGCUGGCCAAACUGUGGCGAACGCGCUCAUGUUCGGGAAUCUCCGGCAAAUCUCAAAUCCUGUACGCGUUCGUGUUCAGCGCCCAAGUUCUGGACGUUUACGGGACGAGCUCGCUCGGAAGCAACCCACCGUGGAUGAGGGUGUCCCUCGUACUGGCCAGUUACCUGAUCAUCUUUCUCAUCUAUGGACCGUACCGGAAGACGUACGAUCGUGACCAGGACGUCCUGUUCAACGAAUUUCUGGUCCUUCCCUGUUUCGUACUGGCACUGUUUGCCACGGAGGGUAGCUCAUCGCCGGAACACGUGCUGUUGGCUUUCGCGGCUCUGCUUGAGAUCGUCGCGAUCGUGCCCCAGUUGGAGCUGCUCUGCGGAGUUCAGUCGGUGGAUAAUUAUGUUGUGAGCUAUCUGGUAUCACUUGGGCUGUAUCGUACCGUUUUUAUUCUAACGUGGGCAUUGCAGGCGAGAGAAUUUGUGGCGCUUCCGAUUGUCGUGAGUUUUGUGCAAAUUUUACUGUUUGUGGUAGCUUUUCUGAGAGUUUUUUCUUUGAAACAGAGCAAGGAAAAGGUUCCAUACGAUGUUGUGGAAUGAUAUUUAAAAUCUAAUGAAAUAAACAAGAAGUCAGUUUCCUGAA